CGGGCGAGCUCCGCGGAAGCGCGGCGCGCCUUGACCCGGGAAGCAGAGCCCGGGGGCGGGGAGAGGGCCGGGCUGCCGCCGAGGCGACCUUCCUCCAUGCGCGGGGCGAGGCGGCAUGGCCGAGGCUCAGCAGCUCCGCGUGCAGGAGGCCAUCGACGGCAUGGUGCAGGGGCUGGAGCGGGAGAACAUCCGGAAGAUGCAGGGAAUCAUGUUCCGGUGCAGCGCGACCUGCUGUGAGAACAACAAGGCCUCCAUGCAGCAAGUGCACCAGUGCAUUGAGCGCUGCCAUGCGCCCCUGGCUCAGGCGCAGGCAGUGGUCACUCAAGAGCUGGAGAGAUUUCAGGACCGCCUUGCCCGCUGCACGAUGCAUUGUAAUGACCAAGCUAAGGACUCCUUAGAUUCAGGGAGCAAAGAGAAGCAGAUCAAACUGCAGCUGGACAACUGCGUGACAAAGUGUGUGGACGACCACAUGCACCUCAUCCCCAGCAUGACCAAAAAGAUGAAGGAGAACUUGGCCAGCAUUGCCCAGUAAACGCCCUGGCUUUGCGGAGGAACGGGAAAGGGAGAUAAUCAAUUAAAAUUAAGAUGGGCAUGAUUACCCUUUCUGGAAACAUAGAAAGAAAACAUGAGGUGUGUCCAGAGUGACUUUUCUAUGGUGUGACUGUAUACUCGUUGCCUCCUGAAGGGCUUGAGAAUUUAGGGUUUGGUUUGGGAGAAAGGCUGCAGAUUGUCAGAUGGUGUAAAAGAAAACAACAACAUGCUCCUUUGGCAUCAAUGAUAUGUGUGUGCACAGACCGGUGUCAAACCCUUUUGUUGUGGUUCUUCCCCACCUUGUAGCAAAGUUGAGUCUGGGGAGGGGAAUCCGGAAGGUGCUACAAAGGUAGCUCCGAAAUCUGCUACCUGGUGUCUCAACUGGCUGUGCACCUCUUUCUUAAGGUGCCUUACAAAUAUAGACACACAGAAGUUCUGUCUCUGUGGUCUCUUCGGAAGGAGAUGGUUUGAUAUUACUUUUUUUGAAAUAGCAGUGCUGAAACCAAACUGCCCCCAAAUAGGAAUUCCCCAAAGCUGAGGGGCUCCUUAUGCCUUCAGCAGAAUCUAGUAUUAAUCCUUCUUCUGGACAUUACCACUUCAGACUGCUUGCUCAAAGGCUUCCAGUGUGGAAGAAGAGCAAAUUGGAACCAUGCAUAUGGGAAGGUUGGGAGAAGGUUAGGCUCAGUUUUUCUCACUGAAAUGCUAGUUUUCAGUGUGCAGGGGAGGUUCUACUGACCCAGUAAGGAAGGGGGCAUUUAUGACACCUCCCCACCAUGCAAAAUGCAGCCUGUAAAGCAAACCACUUGGAUUUUGCUGAUUAAAUCAGAAAUGUGGCUUUCAAUGGAUUUUUAAACACCUCUGUGUUUUGUUUUUGUUUUGUUGGGCAUUGGAAUGACACAGCAACGUUUGUUUUUUUGUUUGUUUGUUUUUGGGCACUCCCGCUCUGAAAGUCAGCCCCAAACUAAACACUUAUAAAACUUGAUUCUUAAAUUAAAA